GUCGACUUUGGUUAACUCACAAUGUUUCAACAACCGUCGAUUUCGAUCAAAGGAGCUGCCGGUCAGGGCGUUGUGCGCUUUGGCGAAGCGACGCCGGACCAGCGGCUGCAGUGCUACAGAUUGGCACUCGCCUUCGGCCAACCACUGUCUGAGGAGGACUUCGUCGAGCGAGAGGAGUUUAUGAGUCAGCAGCCGUUCGCUCGCGGGACAGGCUGGCGAUUCUGGUGCGUGUUUUUGACCGAUAACCCGAGCCAGGUCCUAGCCACAUGCAAAACCAUCCAGAGGCACCUCCUACUAAAGGAUAUUUCUGGCGUCCGGGACGAACUGGGCUAUUGCAUCGCCUCGGUAGUCACUGAUCCAUCGUAUCGAGGCCAAGGGGUCGCUUCAUUUCUCCUCAGACAUGUCACUCAGUGGUUAGAUGGUCCAGGCAAUGCAGCUGCAAGCAUGCUAUACAGCAGUAAAGAAGACUUUUACGCUAAAAGCGGUUGGCAUCCUGUACCGGACUUCGAGACGACUCUAUCUGCCGCAGAUGCCUCCAAAAGGAGCGCUUCGGACGAACUCUGCCUUCCAAAAACAGACCCAAUAAGUGCUGACGGCAUUUCAGCUCUUUGUGAGCGAGACACUCAAGGAUUAAGAGCCGAGUAUUCAGCACAAGAUAUCGGUAAAGAAAGUUCUCUCAUGGUGGUUCUCCCUACCGCUGAGCUGGUGAGUUGGCUGCAUGCCCUGGCCGAGUUCAUGGGUCUGAAGACACGCGGGAAAGCCCCAGUGCAUAAAGGAGCUAUCUCUAACCGCGACACCUGGAUCUACUGGCAUCAUGACUUCCGCAAACAAUGCCUCUACGUUCAACGAAUCAGGACGUUCGUGAAGGAGAGCGAACCAAGAACGAAGGCUUUGGCUGCAGUCCUUCUACACGCUUGCCGCGAAGCAGACAUCUGGGAGCUGCCAAAGGUAGCCAUUUGGGAUGCGAACCCAGAAAUGCGUCUUGCGAUCGACUUGCUUGCCAGUCGGCAAGUUAUUCGGGCCAGCAACGGCGACAGUGCGAGGCGGGAGAAGCUUUCUAUCAGGUGGAAGGAUCAAGGCAUGAAAAUGGACCCCAUGAUUGAAAAGAACGAAUUCUAUGCGUGGAACUGACGGCAUCUAGACUCCGUCGCUAUCUCACUAACGCGGCAAUGAUAUUCCAUGCUCAACCAGAGGUCGCAAUGCGCCCAGCCGAUGAUGGUGCGUUCCGGAAUCAGACCGGAUUUCCGGAGUUAAUGGAGGGUUCUUGGAAACCCUCAAUGCCGUCUGGAUGCUUGGCGAGAAGGCGUUCCAUCUCCUUCUUCACUCUGGAGGCACGUUAUCAACCAUUUCAUACGGCAGCAAGAAUGACUUACGCUUGACGGAGGGAUGCUCGAUGCUGAUGAAGUCCCGCAUUAAUGAUGUUAUCGCGCCUUCCGAUAUCGUCAGCACACUGAAAAGCUGUCGAUCGAAAAGCGUACAUGGCAUAGAGAGCGUUUCGAUCAUCAAAA